UCCUUUUUGACAGCUUCCUUCGAGUCGCGUGGCUAACUUCACACGUAUUGUGAAUGAAGUCCAAAAAUGAGUAACAAUAAUAAUGAUUCAUUCAAUUUUAAACCAGGAAUGUUUUCUUCGCCACCUCCAAUGUUAAACAAUGCAUCAAACUGGAAUGGUUUUAAAUAUCCUCAACAGCAACAAUUUCCUAGUUCCCCUAGAUAUAGAAACGUAUUAGAAAAAAAUGGUGAAUCACCUCAUAAACGUUCUCCCGGUCCUAUGGGAAAUACUGAAUUGUCAUCACCUUCAAACAAUAAUUUUAUGAAUAGUAAUGUAGCACACGCUCAAGGUAGUCCGAUGAAGUCAUUUGAAUUUCCCCCACCACCAAUCGAUACUAGGCCAUCUUAUGCAAUGAAUCCUUCAAUGCAAUCUCUUCCUUCUACCGGUUUUGAAGGAAACCCAAAAAUUUCACUUUUUAUGUACAGAUUAAACCCAGCACAAUACUCAUAUCCCAUGGCUUCUACUCAUCCCAACCCAUAUCAAUUAGGUGCAUCCCUUCAAUUCUCUUCAUCACAACCUCCUUUACCUCCAGUUCCUCCUCCUGAAAAUCCUCCUCCACCACCUCCCCCUUCUACCAUCACAGCACAGUCUCAUCAAGCAAUGCUACAAACUUCUCAUUAUGCCAUGUAUAAUAGAAUUCCGUUUAACCCAAUGUUUGGCAACCAAAGGCAAAAUAUGUAUAAAAGGAGAUAUGAUGGCGAUGGUAAGAAACUGCCCAAGAAAAAGAAGAAACCAUUAUCGCAAGUGGUUCCUCAAAAGAGGGACUGGUCCUUAGCUGAGGCUAGGAAGGCUUUGGACGUGGAAAAAGAGUGCAACAAGAACAAUAAAAGACAAGGGUUGAUAAUAAAGUUUCCAGAUGUGGAACUGAAUAGAGAUAUCGUUUCAAAUUUCCACAGCAGUAUUGACUCUGUUCAUUUUCAACAGCCGUCAACUCCAAGAUACUGUUUUAUUACGUUAAGGGAAUCCGCGGACCCAGAGACAGUAAUUAAACAGUUGAAUCAAAUACCCUUCGGGCUAGGGUUUUUGACAGCCGAGUUUAAAAAAGACAGAGAAGAUGAACAAAACCUACAGCCAUCUGACAUAGAUCCCUUAACUCUGUAUGUCGGUAACUUGGCACAGGAAAUCACGAAAGAGGAUAUAAUCAAGACGUAUCCGAAACAAAAAAGGAUAGACAUAGGGUACGCUAAGAAGAUGAAAUAUACAAGAUACGCUUUUGUAUCUUUUUACAAUGUCGAUGAUGCCGUACAGGCAUUUCAGAAUACGCAUUCUACACAGUUGUAUUCAAAGAGUCUUAUCGUUAGGUUUAGACGCCUUCAUGGUACAGUCGGUCUGCCCGGUGAAACCAAACAAAAUACUCCUCGGUCAGAGAGUACAAGUACAAUUACCUCAGAGAGUGUAAGUGAUAAUCAGGAACUCGAUGUAUCGAGUUGGCAUUCCGAAGAAGGAAUACCAGAAGAGACACAAUUAAAAAGUGAAAGUCCGUAUACGUCUGAUGAGGAGGAACAUGAGGAACUACUAUUUUCUCCUGUUAAUUUACGCUUGAAACAAGAAUCAUUUGAUUCGCGUGUGGAACAACAUGGUCCUGUAUCUAUUAGAGACGAGGGAAAUAUUAAACAACCAAGGUCUCCUCUUAAAAACAAACUGAAACCUGGUCCAGUCGUGGGGACCAUUGACCAACACCGUUCUGUGCCUAUUGAAGAAGAUGAGGAUAUUAAACCACCAAGACCUCCUCUUAAAACAAAUUUCCUACCAGGUUCGAUAGAGUUGGGUAAACAACAAUAUCGUCCUAUACCUAUUAAAGAAGAUAAGGAUUUUCUUGAGAUUGACCUAAGUCUUGCUGAUUCAGCUUCUGAAAGUCCUAGAACUCAUAAUACGAAUUCAAAUAAUGAUACCAAACCCAACAUAUCACACAUUAAACAAGAAAGGAGCAAAGUAUAUUCCAACACCAGUUAUGAACACCUUCGAAUCUUACACAAGCAAUUGCGAAAUGGUCCAAUACAAGUUAAAAAUGAAAACGAUAUGAUUCGCAGAGAAAAUUGUGAACCAUCAGACAGAUUGAGCGCUGAAAGUGAGCAGAGUACUUCUAGACCAGUCACUGACGACCGUGUUUCUGAGAAGGGUAGGACUCUUACUCAACGGAAUAAAGAUGUUGAUUUGCCCAGAGAUAGGGUCGUAAAUAGGAAUAAGGAAAUUGAAAAGACUGCUAGAAUGGACAAAACAAGUGAUUCGAAUACGUUAUCUAAUUGGGAUAAUCUCGACUUUUCACCGGUAGCUGUGAAAACUGAAAAAGGUGUUGAAACCGAAAAAGACAAUUAUGAUGAUGACUCUAGUGAUGAUGAUGGCAUGAGUAUGGAACAGCUUCUGGCGCAGGCUAAAAGAAGGGCAGCACAAAAAUAGAAAAAAAGAUUUUUAAUAAUUGAUAUCUGGCGUUUUACAACAAAAUCAUUUUACUGUGUAAAAUGUACUUAUUAAAAGAAAAGUGUUUGUUUUAUUUGUCUUGUACGAUAUUGUCUUCCACAGCAUCGUAAUAUUUUUAUCAUUUGUUUGUGUUCUUUUCUUUUACUAUUUUCGUGUAUUGCUCAAGCGUUUUUAAUUUUAAUAUAAUAAUCCGGUCAACUUAGACAUCAAAAUAGUUGGCAAAUAACAAAAAUUGCCGGAGAGCCAAAUUUUGGUGGAGAGCUAGAUUUUACCAUAACAAAUAAAGUUUUAAAAGUCCCCAUCGAUCCCAUGUGUGCAACAAAAGUUAUUUGGGGUCAAAAGUCAAAAUUUGAGAUUUUUUAGAUUUUUCUCGAAAACGGUAAGUUUUAUCAAAAUAAAACAUCAAACCAAAGUUGUAGAUCUUAACAUUCUCUACAAAAAUAGUCCUUACAAUUUUUUUCCUAAGAGCUACCAUUCCUGAGAUAUCGCGAUUUUAAAAGUUAAUUUAUACAUUAUAUGCACUGAAGACAGUAUAAAUGCCUAUUUGUGUCUCUUUUAUAUAAUAUAUUAUACCAUUCUGAAAAUAUUUCUUCAAAAGAUAAUCAGUCCCAAGCUGAAUUUCCUCUAUCCACGUGGCCUUGAAAAACAUUUGGCUAUACCUUACAAGCGUCUACCAUUUAGCAGACAUUACGAGCUUACAGUGACAGUGGUAUUUAACGGUUACAGUGACUGGACAAAGAAUAUUAAAGCUGCAGAACAACGUCGUCGAACUACAAAAACAUCAUCGGGUUCCGAGAUUAUCUUUGAUGAAAAUAUAACAGUUCCAGCGAAUCAACAACAAUUUUUCGCUAACAUUAAUAAUAAAUCUCGUUUCAUUUCCAUGUUAACUGACAUUAACAGCUGCGAAUAUUGAAGUGAAACAAGCUAAAAAUGACGCAAAUAUCCUUAUAAUUGAGACAGCAAUUGAAAAAUUUAAGGCAACAAACACAACAAUUGUAGUUGGUGAAGAUGUUGAUUUGUUAGUACUGCUUACUGCAAGUAGAUAAAGUUAUUUAUUUUCUGAAACCUGGAAGGGCUCAACAGCGAACAGAGAUAUAUUCUUCGAAAAGUUUAUCGGCUUAUCCCAAAUGCCAAAAUUACAUUUUAUUUUUACAUGCGAUAACCCGCUGUGACACUACGUCAGCAAUGUACAGAAGGGGUAAAACUUCAGUAGGUACUUAAAUUAUUCGAAAAAAAAAUUGACUGCUGUAAAGUUUUUACAGAACUUGAUUCCACACCGCAAACAAUAGUUACGGAAUGAAUUCGCUUUCUUCUUGCGGUUUAUGGAGCUCCAAAAAAAAAUUAGUUGUCUUGAUAAAUACCGAUACUUAACUUUUGUAAAAAAUAUGCGAAACAAGAAACAAGUACAACUAUCAUGUCUUCCUCCAACAUCAGCAUCUGCUUUUCAACAUUUGUAUCGAGUAUAUUAUCAAGUUCAAACAUGGCUAGGCAAUGAACUGAAUCCAGAAGAUGGGGGAUGGGGGUUGGAAAUUAAUAGAUAAUACUCUGGAACCGAUUAAAAUCUUACUCACACCUGCUCCAGAAAAACUCCUUAACACUAUUUUUGCAAUUGCAAAAAAGGUUGUAGUGCCAAAUGUGGAUGUAAAAAAGUCUGAUUGCUGUGUUCUCUAGCGUGUACCAACUGCCAAGGUCAGUCUUGCUCAAAUGUCCAGUUUAGUACAACAGAGGAAGACUCCUGUGAUUUUAAUGAAGAAACCAAUGACUCAGUCACAUUUGAACAAUUUUUGAACAUCCAGCAAGAGGAAUAAGAUGAAAUCGAAGAAGACUUAACUGUUGAAGUAGACUUUCAAGAAUAUGAAUUUGAUUAAAAUCUAAAGAAAUCAAAACAAUAGUGUUAACCUAAUAAACAAUAGCAAUAUCAAUAAUCAAUAUCAAUAAUAAGGUAAUAUCUAGAACUUGACCAGUAUUGUUUCCUUAUAUUAUCCUAAAAUUGUCAAAACAGUUAGUGGAGUAGGCCUGAAGGGGAAACCACGGUAAAUAUAAAACGCGCCGAGUACACUACCUCACAGUUGGUGUGGAAACGUGUGCAUAUCAUGUAUAAUGUGACUCUUAGAAUCGCGAUAUCUCAGUAAUGGCAACUCUUAGGAAAAAAAUAGUAAGGACUAUUUUUGUAGAGAAUUUUAAGAUCUACAACUUUGGUUUAAGGUUAUUUUUUGAUAAAACUUACCGUUUUCGAAAAAAAUCCAAAAAAUCUCAAAUGUUGACCUUUGACCCCGAAUAACUUUUGUUGCACACAUGGGGUCGAUGGGGACUUUUAAAACUUUAUUUGUUAUUUAAUGCCCGUCUUUCCAUAAGAAACCUUCCUCAUUAACAAUUAAAAAAAUAUGUUUUAAAAUAAAACAUGUCUAAAAUUUUUAUUGAGACCUGAUAGAAAAAGGGCUGAAUUUGAAUUUAUGUAGUUGAUAAUUACAAAAAUGAUAUUCUUUACUUGUGUUUUUGAGCUUUGAAAAUUGUCGUCUUUUGUUCUUUUUUCAAUUUUAAAUGGUUUAUAACUCGAAAACGAUCAACUUUAGAGAAAAAUUACAAAAGAGCAUUUUUGUUUAGAAUGCUCCAAAAAAUCUGAAAUAAUAUCUGCCCGGGUCGAAUUUUUUUUUUUUUUUUCAUAAAAAAAAGUGUCAUUUUUUUAUUAUUAAUUAAUAAUAGUUAGAACAAGAUAAGAUCGGGCAACCCUUGUUUUUUGUAAUUGUUAACAUGCUAAAUUACAUAUCCAAUAAUUUUUAUCCAUUAAACAGAUCGGUGCAAAUCGACCCUAUAUCGGAUCCUCUACUAUUAAUAUAUUUUACGUAGAAUUUUAAUUUAUUGAUUGAUUUAUUAUUAUUAGAUGUUUAUUUGUUUAUGAUAUAUUGACAGUUAAAAAACGCCAUAUUUAUAUAUUUUUCGUAAGUGAAUUCGUUGAUCGACUUAGUUUUAAGGUUAUUUAGAGUGGUUAUUAUUUUUAGCAUUUUAAGAGUUGUUUAAAUACACGUAUUUUAAUUA